UCACCUCCAAGGAGCAGUUCCAUGCCUACCUGCAGGCCAGGGGUAAGCCGGGCAGCCAGGCAGGCCAUGGGGGUGAGGAGGAGGAGGAGGAAGAGGUCGAGGAGAAGGAGGAGGAGGAGGUUGGCAGCUGCCAGAGCGAGCCCCCUGCCAAACAGGUGAGGACAGAGGACCUCAGUCAGGACAGGGAAAGUCGAGAAGAUGCUGGAGCAGAGGAUGAGCCCACGGAGCGUAAGUGGGCCCGGGUGCAGAACAAGAAUAGGCUGUGUAUGAAACCCACCCACUACGAGCAGAGCAGGCUGUGCCCGUUGGUAAUGCAGGGGUGUGCAGAGAAGUGCUACUUUGGCCUGCGGUGCCGCUUCCUUCACGACAUUAGCGAGUACAUAGCCACGAAGCCGGCUGACCUGGGGCACAGCUGCGUGCUAUUCGAAACCUUCAGCAAGUGCAUUUAUGGCAUCACCUGUUGCUUUGCCCAGGCCCACCUUGGGAAUGGCUACCAGAACGUCAUCAACACAGACCUGGCCAAGCAGUGGGAAGGGAAGUCGCUGGUGAGGAACAAUCUCUCCAAGGACCUCCAGCACCAGCUGCGCAAGAGGAAGUUUAUCUUCAAGAAGGCUGAUGAGUACCUCCAUGGUCUGACCAAGCCCCAUGGUGGUGGUGGGAAGGGAGGCAAAGCCACGGGCUGCUCUACAGAGGAGCAAGAGGUGUCCAACUGCACAACACCUUAGGAGGGCCUGGGAGACAGCCCUGAAUGUCCUGUGCUACCAGGGCCAGAAGAUCCCAAACCAGACGCCUUGCAGAGUCCUGGCCCCGCAGGUGGCAAGGAGGCUUCCUCUGUCAAAACAGUGGGUCCGGUGACAGAUGAAAACAUGAUAAAGCUGCAGUCACAUGAGAAGAAGGUGAGAUUGGAAAUCCAAGGCAAGCUCUACUUGGCUCCACUGACCACAUGCAGUAACCUCCCUUUCCGAAGGAUAUGCAAGCGCUUCGGGGCAGACAUCACCUGUGGAGAGAUGGCUGUGUGCACAAACCUGCUUCAGGGCCAGUCUUCCAAGUGGGCUCUCCUCAAAUGACAUCAUACCGAAGAUAUUUUUGGUGUGCAGCUGGAGGGAACGUUUCUGGACACGAUGACCAAAUGUGCAGAGCUCCUGAACCAGACAAUUGAAGUGGACUUUAUAGAUGUCAAUGUCAGGUGUCCCAUUGACCUGGUCUACAAGAAGGGAGGAGGCUGUGCUCUGAUGACUCGGUCCAACAAGUUUGAACAGAUUAUCCAUGGGAUGAACUCGGUGCUGGACGUCCCGCUGACUGUGAAGAUACGGACAGAAGUGCAAGGAAAGAUUAACAUGGCUCAUAAAAUAAUCCCCAAGAUCUGGGAAUGAGGAGCAUCCAUGGUCACGCUUCACAGCCAAUUCAGGGAACAGCAAUACACAAGGGGCGCUGACUGGGACUACAUAGCAGAAUGUGCUAAAAUAGCAAGCCCCAUGCCUCUUUUUGGAAACAGUGAUAUUUUGUCUUAUGAAGAUGCUAAUUGAGCCAUGCAGAUGGGCGUUUCAGGAAUUAUGAUUGCAAGAGGGUUGCUCAUCAAACAGUGGCUUUUCACUGAAAUUAAGGAACAGAGACACUGGGAUAUCUCCUCCAGUGAGAGGUUUGAUAUCCUCAAAGAUUUCACCAACUACAGCCUUGAGCACUGGGGAUCAGAUACUCAGGGAGUGGAGAAGACCAGGAAGUUCCUGCUGGAAUGGCUCUUGUUCCUGUGCAGGUAUAUUCCAGUUGGCUUAUUAGAACACCUACCUCAGAAAAUUAACGAGCAGCCACCUUACUACAUUGGGAGAGACUAUCUGGAGACACUGAUGGCGAGCCAAAACGUGGACAAUUAGAUUAAAUUCAGUGAGAUGCUUCUGGGACCUGUACCUACCAGCUUCACCUUCCUGCCUAAACACAAGGAAAAUUCCUACAGAUAGGGCUGAUAAGGCCCUUUCCCACAGCAUUGAGUCAAGAGGAGGCAUUAGGAUGGUGUGUGUCAAGGAGCGGGAUUGCUCAGCUGCACUCUGAAAUGAAAUAGUUUUAUGUU